AUGGCAGAAAAUGAUUCCUUUCCUUGCAACGCUGUUUGGAAUCCCCCUCAAAUUGAUAUUUCUCAGGUGAAAACCCCUAAAAGGGAUCCACAAAGCCACAAAUUAUCCACCCCAAGUCCAACUUGUGAUCCGAAUCUCGGGCCAAAUGUUAUCCUUGAAGAUGUACAUACUGAUGUGUGCCAGAAAACACAAGGUGGGUAUGACUACGACGUCGGCUUACAUUGGAGGAUAUUAGCAGCUAUACUCUAUGGAAUAUAUACAUGGUUCCCCCUUAACACCACCUCCAGAAUUGUUGGAAAGUUAACUCGAGUCCCCCUUCCUAGAGUUCUUCGCGGACCUGUUGUAAGAGCAUAUGCUUGGAUCUUUAGUGCCCGGUUAGAAGAAGCUGAAUUCCAUAAUGAUUUGGCUAGAUACAAUAGCAUAUCCCAAUUCUUUCGACGCCGACUCGUUCCAAGUGCCCGACCAGUAGAUCCAGUUGCCUGUUUGACUAGUCCCGCCGACGGCAAAGUAAUCUCCUGCGGUCGCGUCGAAAAGGGCCACUUGGAGCAAGUGAAAGGCUUAGCCUACACUAUUCGCGCUCUUCUUGGACCUCAUGCAUGCCUUGCUCGUCACAAGAAUUACGGGCGAAUGCGUCGUGUGAAUACCCUUCCCUCGCGUCUAGACGUCUUGGGCCGAGAGGAGGAAGCUGCUGGUGAGACUGAGACUCCAACAGCAGCGGAAGCAGUCAAGCGGAAGCACAAGUUCAUUGGAGACUUUUCGUUGGUUGAUGCAGAAGAGCCUGUGAAGCACCUCUACCAUUGUGCCAUCUAUCUCGCUCCUGGGGAUUAUCAUUGUUUUCAUUCACCAGCUGAUUGGAAAAUUGAUAUGAGGCGGCACUUCCCUGGCCGACUCUUUUCCGUUUGCUCCCUCGUAACCAGCUGGUUAAAUGGGGUGUUCUGCAUCAACGAACGUGCCGUCUACAUGGGCAAUUGGUCUCAUGGCUUCUUUGCCUUCGUCGCCGUGGGAGCGACCAAUGUAGGCAGUAUCCACGUCUUUUCCGAUCCCAACCUUGUCACCAAUCGUCUCCCCAGUUAUCUUCGCUACCUUUUCACCUCCCAACGAGGUGUCAAAGUCAAGGGAUCAAACAAUCCAGACUCUGCUUGUGAGCAGGGUUCAAUGCCUGUUAUCGUCAGGAUGGAUGGCUACGAAGACCUCCACUUUGGCAAGCCCAUUCAAUCUACCAAAGGUGAACUAUUUGGAGAAUUCAACUUUGGUUCCACGAUUGUUCUGAUCUUUGAAGCCCCUCCAAACUUUCAGUUCUUCGUGAAAAGAUCUGAAAGAGUUCGAGUCGGUCAGGCUCUUGGAAAUGUGACCAAAUCUGAUUCUUGA